CCUUCGAAUUUCCCAUAUAUCUGGUCCCGCCACGUCUGAACCCAUUCCUCAUGUCUUGGCCUCAUUCCGCAACACGGCUCGGGAACCUCUAGUGAAAAUUCGACUCCGGAACGCUUAGAAUCGGGCCAUCGCUGGAUCUCGGCAGUGAUUCAGCAGAUGGCCACUUUCCACCCAUUUCCUCGUUUGCCAGUCGAGCUCCGUGCUCGGAUAUGGGAAAUGACUGUCGAGCCUCGCACCGUCGAGAUCCGCCUCGCUCACGCGGCCCAGCCAUCGAUCUGCCAUCUGUUCUCAUCUACGCCAGUACCAGCGACACUACAGGCCUGCCACGAAGCCCGGACCCAUGGAUUGUACCAACAGGCCUUCUCCGAGAUUUAUUACCAGGUGCCGUCGGACGGCGCCGAGUGGCGCUAUGUCUGGUUGAACUUGGACAUCGAUAUGAUAUCCAUCGGGCAAACUUCCUUCUUUGUCUUCAAAUCGGUUGCACCGACCAUUAAGCGGCUGAAAUUUGAGCGCGAAAACUCAGACGAAGGCUUCUACCACUGGGAAAGUAGCGAAAUUCGUGACUUUGUCAAUGUCAAGGAAAUCCAUGUAGUCUGUGCAGACGGCAUGGGCGCGUGGCAUAAGGCUACGUACGAGCACUACUUCCCUUGCGGCCCGGAAAACGUGUUCUAUAUCGACCCGGGUGGUCAGAUGAUGAGAAGCAUCGAGUUGGAUGACAUGUGUGACCGUGAGCUAGAGGAGUCAUACAGACAAGACGGAUACGACUACCAUAGCGGUUUGCCUCUUGACGACGGCGAUACGGCUCUGUAGCCUAGCAGCUACAUCCGCAUCUGGAAACGUCUCGUCUCGUGUCCAACACCUCGUCUUGUGUUGUAGCUCGUUGUUGUUCGUGUAGGAGGGUUCUACGUGGCCGUUUGUUUUGUUGUAGAUGCCAAAACAACGUCACCACAUACAUCUUAAUUAGGAACCAAAUAGCAACCCCGACACCUCGUUUCGUAACCAAAGAAUGUGAGCAUUUGGACGGUUUAAAUAUCCAUUGUUUCUUCUGAAAUUAAACUCUGUACACUGGAUUGUCAGUGCCUGGAUUCCUUUGGCUUGUGAUUAUAAAGUCGGAUUACAG